AUAAACUCUGCGCAGCCGAUUCAGGCAGUACAGCGGACGCCACUGGGGCCUACUGGUAUUAAACCAACGGCGCGGGCUUAUGACGUCCUCUUUACCCGCUGCCCGAGAGGAGGAUAGGAACUUUAAGUCCACCAUCCAUCGCAAAUCUACAAUGGCCGAGGAAGGCAUCGCUGCCGGAGGUGUGAUGGAUGUCAACACCGCUCUCCCUGAAGUGCUCAAGACCGCACUUAUCCACGAUGGCCUCGCCCGUGGUAUCCGUGAGGCCGCCAAGGCUUUGGACAAGCGCCAGGCCCAUCUCUGCGUCCUUGCAGCCAACUGCGACGAGCCCAUGUAUGUCAAGCUGGUGGAGGCCCUCUGCGCUGAGCAUCAGAUCAACCUGAUCAAGGUUGACGACAACAAGAAGCUCGGUGAGUGGGUUGGUCUGUGCAAGAUCGACCGUGAAGGCAAACCCCGCAAGGUGGUGGGCUGCAGCUGCGUCGUGGUCAAGGACUAUGGCAAGGAGUCUCAAGCCAAGGAUGUGAUUGAGGAAUACUUCAAAGCCAAGAAAUGAGAUGUCAAUAAAAGCUGAAAAUGAA